CAGAUAGAUAUAGAGAAAGAGGAUAUAGAAGAGUGAAAUAGACAGAUAGAUGAGAUCUAUAUAAGACAAGACUUGGAUAAAAAUGGUGAGAUGAAACCGUGGAUGCAAGGCUGGGAUUCAGUGCUACGCCCCACCCCGACGGCCGUUCGGGAAAUUUCUGCACAUUUAAUACUUCGUCCUGCUCUCUCUUUCUCUCUUCUCCAUCUUCAUCUCCGGGGGUUUCUUGUCCAUCUGUCCUCCUCCUGUCGUCACAUCCGCCAUAAUGAUCAUCCAAGGCGUCAACCCCCCGGCUGAACCUAUCGAGAACAAGUAUGAGCACGAAAAGAUAGACCCCGAAGAGGGCGACCUGAAGAAGUUCGACAACAAUGACACUGUCGACCCGUUUGGAAAUGAGGAAACUGCGGAGGUCAAGUACAAGACGCUGAAGUGGUGGCAAUGCGGUAUGUUCAUGAUUGCCGAAUCCGUCUCGCUCGGAGUUUUGUCGCUGCCUGCCACCUUGGCUGCUCUGGGUUUGGUGCCAGCGAUUAUCCUCAUUGUCGGACUCGGUAUCCUCGCCACCUACACCGGCUAUGUCAUCGGCCAGUUCCGUGAGCGAUACCCUCACAUUCACAAUCUCUCGGACGCCGGUGAGAUCGUCAUGGGCAGCUUUGGCCGCGAAUUGUUUGGACUCGGCCAGAUUCUGUUCUCCAUCUUCAUCAUGGGCAGCCACAUUCUCACCUUCACCACCAUGAUGAACACUAUCACCGACCACGGUACCUGCUCGAUUGUCUUUAGUAUUGUCGGCAUGGUCAUCUGCAUGGCUCUGUCUUUGCCCCGAACCAUCAAGAACCUGACCUACAUUUCGACUUGCUCCUUCGUCAGUAUCUUCACAGCCGUCAUGAUCACCAUGAUCGGUGUCGGUGUGCAGUACAAGGGCGGCACCAACAUGAAUGUCACCAAUGAGACCAAUCUCUACCACGCCUUCAGCGCCGUCACCAAUAUCGUUUUCGCCUACUGCGCUCACGUCGCCUUCUUCGGUCUGAUCGCCGAGAUGGAAAAGCCCGAGGACUUCCCCAAGGCGCUGGUCAUGCUGCAGACCUUUGAAAUAUGCUUCUACGUCGUUGCUGCCGUCGUCAUCUACUACUACGUCGGAAACACCGUCGAAUCGCCCGCUCUGGGAUCUGCAGGCCCCGUUCUGAAAAAGGUCGCAUACGGUAUCGCCAUCCCUACCAUCGUCGGUGCCGGUGUCGUCAACGGCCACGUUGGUCUGAAGUAUAUCUACGUCCGUCUCUUCCGUAACUCUGGCCGCAUGCACAAGACCGACUGGGUGUCUGUCAGCUACUGGGUUGCCAUUGGAUUGACCUGCUGGGUGAUUGCCUGGAUUAUCGCCGAGGGUAUCCCCACCUUCAGCAACCUGCUCAGUUUGAUCAGUUCCCUCUUUGCCAGUUGGUUCAGUUACGGACUCAGCGGUGUCUAUUGGCUCCACCUCAACCGCGGACAGUGGUUCUCUUCUCCCCGCAAGAUCGCCCUCACCAUCAUUAACGUGCUCAUCGUGCUCAUCGGUGGCUGCAUGUGUGGCUUGGGUCUGUAUGUCUCCGGCAAGGCGAUCCACGACGACAGCUCUGGCAGCAGCUUCUCGUGCGCCAACACGGCUUAGUUUAUUUGUUUCUUUCGAUGUUCUAUGAGCGUUGCUUGGUGUUAUAGAUGUAUGGUUUGGCUGGGUUGAUUGGGUUUGCAUUUACAUUGUAUAUAUAGACUAGCGUGAAUAUUACAGUCUGGAUCCUUGUCAUGUGCUAUUUUAAAUCGCAUCAUCAUGCAGGAAAAGCCGAUCUUGCUAUUCGUUCGUCAUAGGUCGUCUAUCACAAAAGCAAACAUGG